AUGCCCAAGAAGAACGAAUCGCUGGAUGAAAUCAACGAUGCAUGGAUUCGAAUUGAUUUCGCGGUCACGCAACUCAAGGAGAAAUUACCAUUAGACGAGUUAAAGGUGACUGAUCUGUACGCUAACAAGCAGUCAAACAUGGGUGACUUGCUACUGGAUGAUGUACGGAACAUAAGUUAUGCUAUUUUUGCUAGAGAACAUGCACUCAUUUCUUUGGCCCAAGUGAACAGAAUCGCCGCCAGGGUGGCUCAGCUUAAGAAGAACUUGGGCUCGGGUCCCCAGUCGAACACCAAUAGAAACCACAUCAAAAUGAUUGAGAGAGACGCCAAGGUUAUUAAAGAUCUCCAAAAAGAAAAAACAACUUGUUUUAACAUGCUUUUUGAUGAUAUGAAAUCAUAUGAGAAUGUUCUUGCCUCAUCUGGCAUGAAAGACUAUCUUGGGUCAAAUAACCCAGUCUUAACCCAGUCUUUCAAAGUACGCACGACAUGUCGGAGGGUUUGUCUUGCCGGGAAAGAUAUAGAUAUUGUUGCGGAUCGAGUUGUAAAGUCCUACAAUGUGAUACACAAACCCUCUGAGACUGUCGACAAAAAAGAUACAUCUUCAACCGAAUCUACGAGCAUCGACACAGAGGAUAUUUCUGAAAAGUCUUGA